AAGUGUUAGCACAAGCGGAAGUGGUACUGCCCUGAAUACCCCGAGCAGCGAAACCGAGGACAGCUUGAUACUCCAGUCGUUUAGAGAAAAAAAAGCAGGACUCAGAAUAUAUUUAAAUCCUCGAAAUGGACAAGUGCGACCUGGUACAGAAGGCUAAACUGGCCGAGCAGGCAGAGCGCUACGACGAUAUGGCUGCCUCUAUGAAGGCUGUCACGGAGGGUGGGGGCGAGUUGUCCAAUGAAGAGCGAAACUUGCUGUCUGUGGCAUACAAGAACGUGGUGGGCGCCCGCCGCUCCUCCUGGCGUGUCGUCUCCAGCAUUGAGCAGAAGACGGAUGGCACCGACAAGAAGCAGCAGAUGGCACGCGAGUACCGCGAGAAAAUCGAGACUGAGCUACAGGACAUCUGCAAUGAUGUACUGGGCCUUCUGGAGAAGUUCCUCAUACCCAAUGCUAGCCAGGCAGAGAGCAAAGUCUUCUACCUGAAAAUGAAGGGAGACUACUACAGAUACUUAUCUGAGGUGGCAUCUGGAGAGUCAAAGAAAAGCACAGUGGACCAUUCUCAGAAGGCUUAUCAGGAGGCUUUUGACAUCAGCAAGAAGGAGAUGCAGCCAACACACCCCAUCAGGCUGGGUCUAGCUCUCAACUUCUCUGUUUUCUACUAUGAAAUCCUCAACACCCCAGAACAGGCCUGCAGUUUGGCAAAGACGGCUUUUGAUGAAGCAAUUGCUGAGCUUGACACUUUGAAUGAGGACUCUUACAAAGACAGCACUCUCAUCAUGCAGCUACUAAGGGACAACCUCACUCUGUGGACAUCGGAAAACCAGGGUGACGAUGGGGAUGCCGGCGAGGGGGAGAACUAAAGGCUUUGCACUUCACUGUUAAAUCCGCCCACACUCUCUAUCUUACACAUACAGCCCAUAGUACCCUGCUACAUCCACUUCACUAUGACUCCCCUUUCUGUAUGCUAAGCAGCAUGAAUUGUACCUGACCUACAAGUGUCUGCCCCUCCUGAGAUCAAGUGACAGGGUAACCUUCAGUCGUUCAAAAUAUUUCGAACGUAUGUGUGUGUGUUUGUGUGUGUGGGAAAACUAAAAAUAACAAAAAAGGUUAGAGAGGCCAUUCUUUAUCCAUAAUUAUUUCCUUAUUAUUUUUUAAAAAGUCAUAGUUCUCUAUCAGGUUAUGCAUUGUAGUCCCCCCUAACAUGUAGUGUACUGGCAAUUGCUGGUUUUAUUCAAAAGAUUAUUAAACUAUCCAGUUAGUUUAACAAACACUGUGAUGCUUAUUUUUCUCCUUACUUCUCCACAGAACUGAAUUAUGGAUAAUUAACCUUUCUUGGAGAAGCCGUACAAUUCUGUUGUGAUCUCAUACAGAAAGGAAGCAAACAGGCUGUAUUGUGACACUGACUAACAUCCAUUACUGUUGUUGAUGUGUAAUGUUCACCAUUUUAUUUUGCAUGAGUCUAAGAAUGAAAUAAAAGGGACCCUAGGUAUUGCCAUUCUACUUCUGUUCAAUUACAAUAAAGAACUGAAACAUUCCAUCAAUACAUCAGUAUAUAACAUUGACCAUAAACCCAUUUUAGAUCAGACUGGUGAACUGUCCUAAUUUACAGCUAGCAUAAAGGUGCUGUCAGUAAAACUUGCCAAUAUAAAUAACGUGCCCCCACCCCCACUUUUUUUUUCUUUGAAUGACCCAUUUUAACACUUGUAAACAUAAGAGUUUAAUAUAAAUCUGUCUUGAACUAAAAUGUAAACACACUUCAAAACAAAUACUGUAAUACUUAGUUUAAAGUUUAGUUUUUUUUUCUCCAAAACAAACAAACUGGUGGUUCAUGGUGAAAACACCCUUCAAACUGUUAAGUAAAUAAAAAAUUAUAUUUAGGCUAACAUGGCGCUAUUUAUGGUUUGACAGAGCCUCACUGUUUUCCCAUCAAUGGUAGAGAGAUUGCUGCUGUGGAUUUCCUGGCUGUUGAUUCAUAUUGGCCCCUGACUGAAUUAUUGUCAAUGGUGAUUGUCCAUUUCAAGUUUUUUAUUUUUUAUUUUUGUAUAAGUGAUGGGGUAAGGCAUAGUUUGCAGCUGGAAACCGACCCAUUCUGUGUGGCUUCAGCUGUAAUUGAAGUGCACUGGCACUGCCAGAAUUUUCUGCAGAAAAAUGUGGUGCUCCAGUUAAGCCAACUUGAGUUCUAGUAAUCCAAGCUCAACUUGUCUUCAAUCUGUGUGCAGAACAGGCAUGCAGAUAUGUGGACAAGUCAUUGCUAUCAAGAAACCUUAAAGAGGUUAGGUUAGCUGUUCAGUGUCACAAUACCUUGUCACACCUCCAUAACAUUCCACUAGGUGUAGAACUCAUCUGUCUCAAACUGAGGACAAUGUUCAUGCACUGAAGAAAGUCUCUCCCCUUAGCUGAACAAAUGGCAGUUAUUCUAUGCUUGAGAAAAAAGUACAGUAGUGAAUGUGGAGCCAAGCCUGUCUGUAUAUCUGGUAUCUCCAAUUGCUUUGUUUUUACUGACCAGUAUUCUGCCUACAGUUAGCUUCUGUGACGGUUUUAUCGCUUAGCGCGCACGUGGUUGUGAAAAUUUAGACUAGCUUAAGAAAAAAAAUUUAAAAGACCAAAAAAAAAAAAAAAAAAAAA